AUGAAAACCCCCAACUCGCAGGAGGCCGAAGGGCAACAAACCAGGGCAGUUUCAGGACGGGCCACUGGGUCUGCAAACAUGACGAAGAAAAAAGCCUCCCAAAAGAAGCAGAGAGGCAGACCUUCGUCCCAGCCCCGCAGGAACAUCGUGGGCUGCAGGAUUUCACACGGAUGGAAGGAAGGCGAUGAGCCCAUCACCCAGUGGAAAGGAACCGUUCUGGAUCAGGUGCCUAUAAAUCCUUCUCUUUAUCUGGUGAAAUAUGAUGGAAUUGACUGUGUCUAUGGACUGGAACUUCACAGAGAUGAAAGAGUUUUGUCUCUUAAAAUUCUUUCCGACAGGGUGGCAUCAUCUCAAGUCAGUGAUGCAAACCUUGCAAAUACCAUAAUUGGUAAAGCUGUGGAACAUAUGUUUGAGGGUGAGCAUGGUUCUAAGGAUGAAUGGAGAGGAAUGGUCUUGGCCCAAGCACCUAUCAUGAAAGCCUGGUUUUAUAUUACCUAUGAGAAAGAUCCUGUCUUGUACAUGUACCAGCUUCUAGAUGAUUAUAGAGAAGGAGACCUCCGUAUCAUGCCAGAGUCCAGUGAGUCUCCUCCAGCAGAGAGGGAGCCAGGAGGAGUUGUAGAUGGCCUGAUAGGUAAACAUGUGGAAUAUACCAAAGAAGAUGGCUCCAAACGGAUCGGCAUGGUCAUUCACCAAGUGGAAGCCAAACCCUCUGUGUAUUUCAUCAAGUUUGAUGAUGAUUUCCAUAUCUAUGUCUAUGAUUUGGUGAAAAAGUCCUAACUGUUAGGGUAAACUUUGCCACAUUUGUGAAAACAAAUGUGUACUUUGUAGACAUGCAAAAUAAUGUUACUUUUCAGUGUAUUGAAAGCUUUAGGGUCCCUGUUAAUCCGACAUCUUUGCCAGCAUAACUGUUGUUUUGUCCUGAAAAAUACAAAUUUA